CAAUGAGAUGAAAUGUACAUGUAACGUCAAAAAAUUAUAUAUAUAUUUAUAUAUAUAUAUAUUACUAGAAUUUUAUAUAUAUUAUAUAUAUAUAUAUAUAUGGCGAUAAAUUUACAAGACUUUGUGUAUUUAAAUUUAUUUUUAUAAGAUUCCGUAACAUUCCAUGUUUCUUAUACAUUUUAUGGGACGUGAAAAACUAAAAACUUAAUGAUUUCAAUGUUGAUGGGAGUUUGAUAUGGAAUAUGAAUGUGGAAUAUGAAAUAUAUGGAAUAUAUGGAAAUAUUAGAAAAUACACACACAUACACACCACUGUCGCGUGUAUUUAUGAUUUACAGCGAGUUUUCCUUUGCAACUUGACUUUUGGAAAAUAUUGAAACCCCUUGUGAUUGAAGCGUGAAUUUAAACGACACAUACCAGAAAUUCACACACACCAGCAUGAACUUUUCUUAGCCAUUAUUACAGAGAUUGAUAUAAAUAACAAUAAAUAUAAACACGGAUGAUCUUGGCAUAAAGGACUCCAGUACACCACAAGGACUCACUUAAAUAAAAUCAAAAGCAAAAGAGAGAAAAAUGGAAAAAAUAAACCAGUAAACUCGGUAAAUUCGAUAAAACCAUUCGAGAAAAAUCGCAUAGCUGUUUUUGCGACAUAAUACUUAUGUUGCAAACGUGUGAACACGGACAAAAACGAAAAUGAAAGCCAUAAUAAUAAAGGCAUCAGAGAAUAACAUCAUAUAUGCAUCCCUUAAUCACAAAUUCAUUGCAAUGAUCACAAGUCUUUACCUGACGAUUCUGACGUCUUUCGUAACUAUUAAAAGUAAACAGAAGAGACGGAAAGGAUGGAAGGAGAAUAUUAAGGAGAACGAAUCAAAAAUCGCAUAUCCAAAAAUUACUUCAUCAGAACAAAGACGCGAACAUCAAGAUAUAGUCGAAUUAAAAAUACCAAGAUGGGUCAAAAUCGGUAAAGUCGCAAGUCUACACGUAUAUCCAUUAAUAUCGGGCAAAGCAUAUGUCGUCGACGAGUGUCACAUGACGUCAGAAAAAAUCAAAAUGUACAAGAAAGGCAAAUUAAUAAAAUGGGAUCGAUCUUUUGUAGUGUAUGAUGUGAUCAACAAAUACAUAAUAACUACCGGUAAUUUCCCGCAACUGAAUAAGGUGUGCGUGUCAGUCAAUAAAAAUGACAUAAUAUUAGAAACUAUAGGUAUGCCCACUAUAUGCGUCAAGUUCAAAAAUAGAAAAAUUAUCAGGUGUAAUUUCUGGAGCAAUAAGGAAUUACAAUUACUAGCGAAAAUUACAUGCAUCGAUUGCGGUGACGAAGCAGCCAGAUGGCUGUCCAGCUUCUUAUGUGGGUUAAACGUCGGUCUACGCUUGGGAUAUUCAAUAGAUGCCGCCUUAAUCAUGAAUAUAUAUUGGCAACACUGGCUCAGGAAUUGCAUAUUGCACCAGAAAGCCGAAUCUCAUACAUUCAGUUUGAAUCCAUUCGUAAACGUAUUACACAGCAUUAUGAUAUCAUCAGAAUCGUAUGACGAUAUGUCUAAAACAUUAAACAUAUAUAAACCAAAUGAGAUGAUUUGUCCAAAUAUCAUCAUUUCUGCUUCAAAUCUUUAUAAGGAGAAAGUAUGGGAGUGGAUCAAGAUCGGCAAUGUAAUUAUCAAGAAUAUUCAACCGCUGGUAGUGUGGCCGAGGAGAAUUAUAAAAAACGAAGUUUGUGAAUUACAAAAAAUGAGAUUAUUUGGGUUUGGAGUUAAUUGCAAAGUGUAUCUUCCGGGAUGUAUUAAAUUAGAUGAUGAUGUAUACCUUCAUAUACCAAAAGAUAAGGAAGAAGUAGAGGACAUAGAAAAAGUAGAAGAUAUAAAAGAAGUUACUAAAUAAAAGAAUGAAGUUAUAUAACGCGUCACUAUUACAUAAACAAAAACAAAAAACAAUACACAACAAAACAAAAACAAACACAAACAAAAUAAACACACAAAAACGCACACACAAACUCUCAAUAGUUAUAUAUUUAUAUUAAAACAAUUAAUGGAAUAUUAAUUUUUAACUUUUGAAAUAUCGAGCUGAAAAAAGCUGUGAGAGACGUGGGCCAUAUGGGAUUUAUAUACAAUUAGGAUAUAUACAUUGAAAUGUCAAAUACGGAUUUUUCGAAUUUCGAUACCCAAAGAUAGCGAAGUAUCGAAUUCGGAUCCGAAUAUAAAUUCAUAGGAGAAUCAACCAAAAGAACAUGUUUACAGCGAUCUAGGUUCCUCUUAAAAAUUUCACAAUCAACAAAUCAAUAUAUUUUUACUGCGAUUUGACAACCCGAAACGAUUGAACUUAUUUACGUAUUAUUACUUCAGUAAUAAUUAUUUCAAAAAAUUUUGUUAUUAAAUUGAUUAACGUUUUUAUUUAUCUGUUUUUUUAAACUUAAUUUG